GUGGCUGUUCCGGGAUGGCCUUCUGCCCGAAAACACCUUCAUCGUGGGCUACGCCCGCUCCCGCCUCACAGUGGCUGACAUCCGCAAACAGAGUGAGCCCUUCUUCAAGGCCACCCCAGAGGAGAAGCUCAAGCUGGAGGACUUCUUUGCCCGCAACUCCUAUGUGGCUGGCCAGUACGAUGAGGCAGCCUCCUACCAGCGCCUCAACAGCCACAUGAAUGCCCUCCACCUGGGGUCACAGGCCAACCGCCUCUUCUACCUGGCGUUGCCCCCCACCGUCUACGAGGCUGUCACCAAGAACAUUCACGAGUCCUGCAUGAGUCAGAUAGGCUGGAACCGCAUCAUUGUGGAGAAGCCCUUCGGGAGGGACCUGCAGAGCUCCGACAGGCUGUCCAACCACAUCUCCUCCCUGUUCCGCGAGGACCAGAUCUACCGCAUCGACCACUACCUGGGCAAGGAGAUGGUGCAAAACCUCAUGGUGCUGAGAUUUGCCAACAGGAUCUUCGGCCCCAUCUGGAACCGGGACAACAUCGCCUGCGUGAUCCUCACCUUCAAGGAGCCCUUUGGCACUGAGGGUCGUGGGGGCUAUUUCGAUGAAUUUGGGAUCAUCCGGGACGUGAUGCAGAACCACCUCCUGCAGAUGCUGUGUCUGGUGGCCAUGGAGAAGCCCGCCUCCACCAACUCGGAUGACGUCCGUGAUGAGAAGGUCAAGGUGUUGAAAUGUAUCUCAGAGGUGCAGGCCAACAAUGUGGUCCUGGGCCAGUACGUGGGGAACCCCGAUGGAGAGGGCGAGGCCACCAAAGGGUACCUGGACGACCCCACGGUGCCCCACGGGUCCACUACCGCCACUUUUGCAGCCGUCGUCCUCUAUGUGGAGAAUGAAAGGUGGGAUGGAGUGCCCUUCAUCCUGCGCUGUGGCAAGGCCCUGAACGAGCGCAAGGCUGAGGUGAGGCUGCAGUUCCAUGAUGUGGCCGGUGACAUCUUCCACCAGCAGUGCAAACGCAACGAGCUGGUGAUCCGCGUGCAGCCCAAUGAGGCUGUGUACACCAAGAUGAUGACCAAGAAGCCAGGCAUGUUUUUCAACCCCGAGGAGUCGGAGCUGGACCUGACCUACGGCAACAGAUACAAGAACGUGAAGCUCCCUGACGCCUACGAGCGCCUCAUCCUGGACGUCUUCUGCGGGAGCCAGAUGCACUUCGUGCGCAGCGACGAGCUCCGGGAGGCCUGGCGUAUUUUCACUCCACUGCUACACCAGAUUGAGCUGGAGAAGCCCAAGCCCAUCCCCUACCUUUAUGGCAGCCGAGGCCCCAUGGAGGCAGAUGAGCUGAUGAAGAGAGUGGGUUUCCAGUAUGAGGGCACCUACAAGUGGGUGAACCCCCACAAGCUCUGAGGCCUGGGCACCCACCUCCACCCUCGCCAUGGCCACCCUCCUUCCCGCCGCCCAACCCUGAGUCGGGAGGACUCUGGGACCAUUGGCCUCAGCUGCACAUUCCUGGCCCUGGGCUCCGGCCACCCUGGCCCGCCCCUCGCUGCUGCCACUACCCAAGCCCAGCUACAUUCCUCAGCUGCCAAGCACUCGAGACCAUCCUGGCCCCUCCAGACCCUGCCUGAGCCCAGGAGCUGAGCCACCUCCUGCGCUCACUCCAGCCCAACAGAAGGAAGGAGGAGGGUGCCCAUUCGUCUGUCCCAGAGCUUCUCGGUCACUGGGGCUCACUCCUGAGUGGGGCCUGGGGCAGGAGGGAGGGACGAGGGGGAGGAAAGGGGCGAGCGCCCACGUGAGAGAACCUGCCAGCCUCAGUGCCACUUGACAUUCCUCGUCACCAGCAACAUCUUGAGCCCCUGGAUGUCCCCUGUCCCACCAACUCUGCACUCCGUGGCCACCCUGUGCCACCCAUAGGCAGCCUCCCUGUUACAAGAAAAGCAGAAGCAGCAGCUGGGACUCCUCCCAACCUCAAUCCCCUGCCAUUAAAUCCGCAAACAGCC